AUGGCCAUCACUCCUGUCAACGGCAGUAACGGGACGGACUCCUCCGUCGUGCCUCUCAUCAUCGGCGGCAAGGAUGUCCAGACGACGACCACCUUCGACGUGGUCAGCCCGGUCUCCGGCAAGGUUCUCCAUCAGAGUAGCAGCGCAUCAGUCGACGAUGCCAACCGGGCCGCGGAGGCUGCCCAGGCAGCGUUCCAGGUCUGGUCGAAGAUGAAUCCCAUCGCUCGUCGGGAUCUUCUGUUGAAGGCGGCAAGCAUCAUGGAAUCACGCAAGGAAGAGCUCGUCGGAUACCAGAUUGAAGAGACGGGUGCCCCCAGGAUGUUUGCCGAGUUUACCUUUGCUCUGGGUCUGGGCAUUCUGAAAGACUUCGCGGGGCGGUCUCUGUCCCUGGAAGGCACAGUGCCAUCUGUGAUGGACAAUGGUCAGAGUGCGAUAGUGGUCAAGGAGCCUUAUGGCGUGAUCUUGGGAAUUGCUCCAUGGAACGCUCCUCUGGUUUUGGGCUCUCGAGCAAUUGCCAUUCCUCUCGCCGCCGGCAAUACGACUAUCCUCAAGGGUUCGGAAUUCUGCCCAAAGACCUUUUGGGCCCUGGGCGACAUUUAUCGGCAGGCGGGUCUUCCCGAAGGAGCCGUCAACGUCCUCUAUCACCGGCCAUCCGAUGCUGCGGAGGUUACCACCGCUUUGAUUGCUCACCCGGCCGUCAGGAAGAUCAACUUCACGGGCAGUAGCCACGUCGGUUCGAUCAUCGCCUCCACGGCGGGCAAGUACAUCAAGCCGGUGCUGCUUGAGCUUGGUGGAAAGGCAUCCGCGAUUGUCCUGGAUGACGCGGAUCUGGAAAAAGCAGCUGUAUCGGCUGUCAGGGGCGCCUUCUUCCACGCGGGCCAAGUCUGUAUGUCUACGGAACGAAUCGUCGUUCAACGGUCCAUUGCGGACAAGUUCCGCAAAGUUCUAGUCGAGGCAGCCGAGAGAGAGUUUGGCAAGGAAACCCCGGCACCUGUCCUGGUGUCACCUGCUCCUGUGGACAAGAACAGGAAGCUGGUUGCGGAUGCCGUCUCGAAGGGCGCCUAUGUGCUGUUUGGUGAUCCGAACGCUCGGGAGCAGGCUGCUACGAGCUUGCGGCCUCUGAUUGUGGAGAAUGUCACCAAGGAUAUGGACUUGUACUCCACCGAAUCGUUCGGGCCUUCCGUGUCGUUGUUUGUGGUUGACACCGAGGAAGAGGCGAUCGCACUCGCCAAUGACACCGAAUAUGGUCUGACGGCUGCUGUGUUUACUGAAGAUCUGCGCCGCGGCCUGCGCGUCGCGAGACAGAUUGAGAGCGGUGCCGUGCACAUCAACAGUCUUACCAUCCAGGAUGAGUCGACUUUGCCUCACGGAGGUUACAAAGCGAGCGGCUACGGUCGGUUCGGCGGCUGUGUUGGCUUCGACGAAUUUGUGCAAACCAAGACGAUCACCUGGAUGGAUUAA